AUAAAUCAUAAAACCCUAAUCCCCAAAUCUCAGGUUUAACCCUUCACCGGCGUUCACUCUCCGGCUUCGUAGCCAUGGAUCGAUCCCUGAACCUCCUGGAUGUAGCCCUAGGAUUCGAUCAGAAAUCGAGUGAUUCGUGGCCAUUAAGCGGGAAGGUGGUUCUUAUCGAGGACUGUGUCGAGACUAGUGGUUCCUUCGUGCUUCACCAGCUGAUGAAACGCGUUCUCUCCCCGGAUUCCUCCAACGCCCUUAUCUUCCUCGCCCUCGCUCGCCCUUUCUCGCAUUACGAUCGUGUCAUGCGUAAACUCGGAUGCAAUUUAAGCACUCAAAGGGCAAACAAUCGGUUGGUUUUCUUCGACAUGCUUAUGAUGAAGUGCCCAGGUGAGAAUAUCAGAAGGGAAGACAAUGUUGGUGGACUUGCCAAAUUAUAUAGGGAAAUACAAGAAACAGUUGCAAGGUUGUGUAGUGCAAGGAAUGGUAGCAUAACCAUUAUGGUGGAUGAUAUCUCUCUCCUGGAAGUUGCUGCUAAUGGAAAUUCAGAUCAUGUUUUGGACUUUCUGCAUUACUGCCACUCCUUAACUUCUGAAAGUAAUUGCUUGUUGGUCGUUCUGAAUCAUGAGGAUAUCUACACGAGCAUGGAGAGACCUGCAUUUUUGCUGCAGAUGGUUUACCUUGCCGAUGUGCUCAUAAAGGCUGAGCCUUUGGCCUCUGGUUUAGCAAAGGAUGUGCACGGCCAGCUGACGGUUCUGAACAAGGGGAUAACCUACUGUGACCGAGAAAGCUCGAGAAACAAGUUGCAUAAUUUUCACUUCAGGGUCAAGGAAAAUGGCGUCGAGUACUUCUAUCCCGGUUGCAGAAGCUGAGAGUUUGAAGCAUAUUCGAAUUAUCGUUGGAAGAUUCGAUCGUUCUGGUACUUACAUCUGCAAUCUAAGGUCAUGUCCCAAAGAAAUCCAUAGAAACAAGAGACUGGUUGUGAAACACUCUGCUCUCGCCAGACAUUCUUCUACAAGUUGUUGCCUUGCUGGAAUCCUUGAGACGAUGAUAAUUAUGUGAUCAAUCUUGAUUCUUGAAGCAUAUUCGAAUUAUCGUACGAA